CGGUGCCGUAGCCCCGGACGAUGCUGUUCUCCCUGCGCGAGCUCGUGCAGUGGCUCGGCUUCGCCACCUUCGAGAUCUUCCUGCACGGGCUGGCCCUGCUCGUCUUCUCCGUGCUGCUCGUGCUCAAGGUGGACGGCGCGGCCGCCGCGCUCUCUUGGUGGAUCGUGUUCGUGCCCUUCUUCGCCGCCGACGGGCUCAGCACCUACUUCACCACCAUCGUGUCCGUGAGGCUGUUCCAGGACGGCGAGAAGCGCCUGGCGGUGCUGCGGCUCUUCUGGAUCCUCACCAUCCUCAGCCUCAAGUUCGUGUUUGAGAUGCUGCUGUGCCAGAAGCUGGUGGAGCACACGCGGGAGCUCUGGUACGGGCUCAUCAUGUCGCCCGUCUUCAUCCUGCUCCAGCUGCUGAUGAUCCGGGCCUGCCGCGUGAACUGAGCCCCGGCCCGGGGAGACGCGCCCGGGAGCGCUGCUGGGCGGCUCCCGUCGCUGUCCCCGUGCGGAGGGCAGGGGACAGGCUGGGACAGGGGCAGUGCCCCGGUUCGCGGCCGUGUUGCAGAGCAUCACCUUUCUCCAAAAGCUGCACAUCCCUGUUUGUGCUCCCUCAGCUCCUGCGUUGUCUUGUCCUGCAAGCGUGGCUGGGCAUGACAGUUAUUUUAUUUUAGAAUAAAAAUGCGUUGAAGGA